GCAAUUUUGAUGACUUCAAAUUACAAGAUGGAUUAGAUGAUUUUGACUUGGGAGAUGCUCUUCCUGAUGACCACAAGACAGUUUCAACUGCAAGUCCUAGAGGCACUGAUAAGCCCAAGCAAGGUCCACCUACACAUCAUAAAGACACUGGUGGCCUUGAUGAUUCAGAUCUAUACGAUGGCAGUUUACCGAAAGGAGGAGGGGAUGGUAGUGGCAGCAAUGAACGAAAGGGCCCAAAUCCAAAUAGUGGUGAAGAAUCUGAUGCUUCUCAGGGAGCAAUAGCUGGAAUUGUAAGUGCUGUGGUUGCUACUGUAAUUGGAGCAGUAUCUAGUUUCAUUGCUUACCAGAAGAAGAAACUCUGUUUCAAACAAAGCGCAGAUGAAGAGAAUGUGAAUAUGGAAAGCCAUCGAGGAGCGCAAUCUGAGCCACCUG